CAGUGGAAAAAGCCUGCUUGCAUUCACUCUACCUAUACCCAUCAUAAUGUUCUAUACCUCUAUCAAAUCUCCCCUCAUUCUUCUACACUCCAGGGAAUAAAGUCCUAACCUAUUCUCUGUAACUCGGUUUCUCAAGUCCCAGCAACAUCCUUGUAAACCUUCUCUGCACUCUUCAACCUUAUUAAUAUCCUUCCUGUAAUUAGGUGACUCACAAUGCUCCAAAUUCGGUCUCACCAAUGUCUUAAAUAUUAACUAUGUCUCAGACAUGGUAGGAGCCAUGUUGAAUUUCCUUGGUUGUGCGUACUUGGCCACAUUAAAAAUUCAAAAGGUUCAAAAGUAAGAUUAUCGUCGAAGUAACGCGCAGAAGGAGCUGGAGGAACUCAGCAGGUCAGGCGGCAUUGAUAGAAGCUGUGUUUUCGUCAUGGCUACGUCUUUGGCCAUUACAGAUCAAAUCGAAAAUGACAUUUUAAACUGCAAGAUCUGCUUUAAUAGGUUUAACCAACCGAAGAUGUUGCCUUGCGCCCACACCUAUUGCUUUGACUGCCUGGAGAACAUGGUGAGAGGAAACAGAAAGAUUCGUUGUCCUGAGUGCAGGGAAGAGGCCGACGUGAGCGGGGGCGUCAGCAAGCUGAAGACCAACUUUCAGAUCAACUCCCUUCUGGAUAUCUUCAAGGGGCAGGAGAGCGAGGAGGCGGCCUGCAGCCCGUGCGCCAUAGUGGGAAAGAGCAGGACCUCUGCAGCAGCUCAGUGCCAGACUUGCUGCGUUCAUCUCUGCCUCUCGUGCAAGGUCAAGCACACGGCAGGCAACCCAGGCCACGUGCUGACGAGCCUGCCCGGAUUCAGUUCAGGCCCCUGUGAGGCCGAGGUGGCGAUGCAGAAGAAGGUGUACUGUCAGCAACAUCCCAGAGCACUGGUGGAUUACUUCUGUACGUCCUGCAACUCCGCCAUCUGUGCCAGCUGCUCCUCGUACUCUCAUGCCCAGCAUAAAAGAGUGCCAGUGGCUAAAACAGUGGCAACCACGAAACCCAUGGUGACGAAGCUCGUUGGAAGACUGAGAACUGAGCUUCAGUCGCUGGCGCGGCAGGACGACAGUCUCAACGACGCAGUGAACAAGCUGAAAGCUACGGAGUGCUCCUUGAUGUCAAUGAUCGAAAGUACCCUGACGGAGGUCAUAAACAACUUGAUCAAACAAGGCGACGGCAUCAAAGUCACGGUUGCCGAUUACGUCAGGAAACAGGAGGAGCUGUACAAGAACGCCAAGACAGAACUUCAUCAUCAGAUAAAGAAGGCGGAAGAGACCAGAGAGUUUGCCGAGCGCAUCCUGCAAUCUGGCCAGGCCAGAGAGAUCGUAUGCCUGCAGUCCAUUGUAGAAGAGCAUAUUAACGCUAUCCAGGCACUGAAGGCAGCCAGAGAAGAGAAAAACAGUCCCAGCCUAAAGGUCAAUGAAUCAAUAAAGAAAGAAAUUUUCCAAUCGAACCUGUUCAGCAUCACGUUCGAGGGAGAAUCCAUCCCUCAGGCCCAAACAACUCCAGCCAGAACAGAGCAGAAUAGGAGUUCGGCCAAAACUCCUCAGGCAUGGGUUCCAGUUCCUCAACCGAGGCAGAGGGUGUCGAGCAUGUUCAGCUUCGACACUGAGCUGUCCAACGACGAUUGUGAUCCCAAGCUGACCGGUAUUAGCGUUGCCAGCGAUGGAACUAUCAUUGUCGUGGACGAAGGGAAUUCCAUUCUGAAAUGCUACACGGACACUGGAUACUUCAUUCGGGUUAUUGAGCUGCCCGAUGACGAAGAUGACCCAUGUAGUGUUGCUGUGUUCGAUGACACUAUUGCCUGCUCGGCAGGGAACAAACUCUACUUUCUGGACCUGGACGGAGGUUUUCUGAAGAAGCUUUUCCUGCGUGGCAGUGAAUCCGUUUACCCCAUCGCUGCCUAUGAAGACGAAUAUGUGGCGGUGAGUGAGGGGGCUUUGUGCUCCCUGUCCCUCUAUGAUGUCGACGGGCAUGUGGUCAGCAGGGUCAAGCCGAUCGGCUACGAAGGCGUCAGGUUUCUCUUCCUGGCAAUCAACUCUUUGGAGGAGUUCAUCGUAGCCGAUAGUGGGAAGAAAUGUAUUGUCAUAUUCAACAGGUACGGGGAGGUCCUCACUCUCUGCGACCAGAUCACUUUGAAUGGGCUGGAUUGUGCAUUAAAACCGUAUAGCAUUUGCACAGAUGUAAAUGACAAUAUCCUGGUCACUGAGCGAAAUAGAAUCCUUUUGUUUUGGCCAGAUGGAACUUUUAGGGAGGAGCUGUUGAACACGGGAAAUGGACUUCACAAACCUCGCGUCAUUGCCGUUAAUGAUGAAGACAGCCUCAUCGUUACCCAAGGCAAUGGGUUUGUCUCGCUGUACAAACUUGACCUGUCUUAGCUUCAGAGCAGGGUUUAGGGUGAGCACAACCUCCUCGUGUCCUGCAUAAUGAAGGGAGGUGCUUAGGGGGCAAUUGGAGGUGGUGGUUGAAAACCCACGAUGUAGUUUGAGUGUAGUUCCGUGCACCCUGUACAUACACGCAGUGGCCACUUCGUUAGGUGUGUUUCUGGCCUUCUGCUGUAGCCCCAUCCACUACAAGGUCCGAUGUGUGCUCACAGAUGCUCUCUUGCACACCGCUGCUGUUGGCUGACUUACUGUCGCACUCCUGUCAGCUUGAACCAGACUGGCCAUUCUCCUCUGACCUCUCAAUCAUUAACGAGGCGUUUUCACCCACAGAACCACCUCUCACUGGAUUUUUUUUUUGUUGACCAUUCCUGGUAAACUCCAGAGGCAGUGGUGCGUGAAAAUCCCAGGAGAUACUCAGACUGCCCUGUAUGGCACCAACUAUCAUUCCACGGUCCACUUUUACUAACUAUCCUGAUAUUUGGUCUGAACACCAACUGAACCUCUUGACCACGUCUGCGUGCUUUUAUGCACUGCGCUGCUGCCACGUGAUUGGCUGAUUAGAUUUUGCAUUAACAAGCAGGAAUACCUAAUAAAGUGGCCACUAUGUGUACAUAAGCCAUUCCAAAAAAAAGAUUUAACAUUCCAAAGCGAUACAUAAGGGUUCUGACGGGCAAAAUCCUCCAACAUUUUUCACUGAUGUCUCUUUCUAACCAGCACCAUCAUCUCACCAUGACCCCACAGACUUGGAUCUGGACUCCAUUUAGACAAUAAUCAGGCCAUUUGGCCCAUUGAGUCUGCUCCGCCAUACCAUCAUGGCUGAUUUAUCAUCCCAAAUGCAGUUCCACUUCCUCGCAUCCCCAAUGAUCUGCAGGACCUUUGUGCUCCAAUCAUUUCUACGUCACAUGAAAUAAACUUGAGAGAUCUCAGAUCAGUGGUACAAGACAAUGACGGUGCCCCUAAUUUGACAUCGUUGGCACAUGGUGUCAGAAAUGGGGUUGGCGUAUGCGACUGAAAUAGAUCCAGCUAUAUUGACGGUGUUCUAAACACCCUGGGCCUUUGUCAGAGUGGAGCAAGAUACACUUUUCACUCUUGGAGUGAAUUUGAUGCUAAUAUUUCAUAUAGCCCGAAACAUUCCAAGCAUGGUCUUUGCAGUCCCAGGAGCCAACGCUAGCAUUCCUCCAGCAGACUGUUUGCCUCAGCAGUUUCCCAGCAUCUGUCAGCUCUUGUGUCUCCCGUUUUAUUUAAAAUAUAACUUGCUUCUUUUUAUUCUUGAGGCCAACACCCGUACUGGAGUACAGGCCACUGACAGCAGCUCCUCUGUCCUGGAGAAAAGGUUGAUCGGCCACAUGGCCUCCCCUUUCACCACACAAUUUCAUACGCCUUCAGGGUGAAGAUCCUUUCUCUCCCGGGGAUGAGGUCUUUGGAGCUUCUGUAGCUCUGGGUCUUUAUAGGAUGUGGUUCCUAGCCCCCUGCUCAACCCUCCUCCUCCUCUCAUACUGGGGCGUGGGACUGUCCAUGGCAGGGUGAAAACUUGCUUAGACAUUACCAAUGUAGCAUCCGUGCCCCCAAUUUACCCCUGUUCGCCUAGGUUGAACUGCUGUCGCCCUGCCAAUAGUGCAAUACUUCGGUGUAAGUACGGUGUAAAGCCCCCCCCCCCCCCAGUACACGCUCGCAACACAAAUACUAGACAAUACACCAAAGGUAGGUAAGUAAUUGCAACUUUAUAGUUAAUGAUGGGUUAGUAGAAACAGAUAAACUUACUGAUUUGGUGCCUUUAGGUUAUCAGUUUCUGCACAUAAUUUAAUACGUCGGAGCUCAUGCCUCCAGUUCCAUCCACAACAAUCUUCUGAGCCUUUGGCCACCGUCUGAAUCGCUGACAUCCUGUAUCUGCCACUCUGGAACCACUGACCACUCCUCACACGUCCGCCCUCCUCCCUCACCUCCCGAAAAAGACCGCGAACUCCCGCUCAGCUUACACAUACAAGAUAGCGUUAACAAAUCUCCAUGGGUUAGCUGCCCCCCUUAUCUGCAGUUAUAACCCAAAUAUUCCAGAUACAGAAACCCAUUACAGCAUUAAGUAACUUUAGAGGAGCCAUUUUGUUAGGCUGAACAGUUAACGCCACAGUUACUGGUACUGAGAGCCCUACAUUAGCUUAAAACUGCACUCUCUCUGCUUUUUGAUCUCUACCAUCUGUUUACUGUUCAGACCACAAACCCCCCCCCCCCCCAACCACUGUGUUAGGAAACAGUUGAUGAGGCAUAGAUCAUGUCUGUCUGUAAGCCGCUUGUAUGUUUCCCUGUGCCCAAUUUCCUCCCACAUUCCCAAGUUAGUAGGUUAAUUGGGCAGCACAGAUUCGAUGGGCCAAAGGGCCUCAUAACCAUGCUGUAAAACAAAUAAAACAAAUCAUUAACAAAAAUUACUCAUCCAUAAGGAUGCCUGGGAACUAACACGGAGAGCUUUGGUGAUGACUUUGUUAAAAGUAGUAAAUAAUACUUUAAUACAGACGAUUAUUUUAGUGAAGAUUUAUUGAGGGUAAAGGAAAAGCUUCUGAUUGUUAUGUAUAAGAUAUCUGGUACUUAACAAGAGUUGUAAAGAAAUGCUUCUUUAAUAGAAAAACUGCAAACAAAUCCAAAAACAAAAGCUUAAGAAUUUGUUUUGAUUACCUUUUGAGAGAUCAUCAACAAAAAUUAAUAAAAUCACAGUUAGGUUUAAAGAUUAAGGAAAUUUCAUAGCAGGUAGACUCUGUGGUUGAGCUUUACAUCUGAUUCCAGUGUUGGACUUCCAAUGAACAGUUCUUGGUUAAGAUCCACUUUGAAUAGUGACCUUUGAUUAGCUCUCCCAAGCCUGUUGAUUUAGUCAUGUUUGGCGAUUGUGUUAACGGUGUAGGUGCCAGAUCCUGUCAAAAUGUUGUUGUUGUACUUGCUGAAAAUAACCAAUUAUUCUGUUCUAUCUAACUUGUUGGUUACUCCGAUGUACUCUUUUACUGCAGCAUCUAAAAACGUUGAAAUAAAACUUUUUUGAAGUUC